CUGCCUCAUCCUUCUUCUUCCUCUUCCUCGCAUGGGGGCCCUUCGCCUCCCAUCUCUCGCUCUCCUCCUCUCGCCAUGCAAAUCCCUACGCCUCGUCUCCCGUCCCCUCCCUCUCCGCUUCCGACUCCCCACUCUCAAGGCCGCGGCCUCCGUCUCCGGUGGCUCAGGCAGCAGAGGCCUAUCGUCCCAGAGCCUCGCCAAGGAGGAGCCCUCGCUGCCCCCACCCUCGGCUGACCGGAAGCCCUCCUCGAGCUACGAGGGGUCGGUCACCCCUCGAUCCGUGGACUUUAACGCGUGGUACCUCGAUGUCAUCGCCAGCGCUGAGCUCGCCGACUACGGCCCCGUCCGUGGCACCAUGGUCAUCCGCCCCUACGGUUACGCCAUAUGGGAGGCCAUCCAGGAGUAUCUGAACGUGAAGUUCAAAGAGACCGGCCACAGCAAUAUGUACUUUCCUCAGUUUAUUCCCUACUCAUUCAUAGAGAAAGAAGCCAGCCAUGUUGAAGGUUUCAGUCCAGAGCUUGCGCUUGUCACCAUUGGAGGAGGAAAGGAACUUGAGGAAAAGCUCGUGGUUAGACCAACAAGUGAGACCAUUGUAAACCAUAUGUUCACUCAAUGGAUUCAUAGCUACCGUGAUCUUCCUCUCAUGAUUAACCAGUGGGCUAAUGUCACACGGUGGGAGAUGAGGACCAAGCCAUUUGUGAGGACCCUUGAAUUCCUGUGGCAGGAGGGUCAUACAGCUCAUGCAACUCUGGAGGAAGCAGAAAAGGAGGCAUUACAGAUGAUUGAUGUCUAUAAGAAAUUUUCUUAUGAGCAAGCUGCAAUACCUGUUAUUGUAGGUAGGAAAUCAAGGGCUGAGACAUUUGCUGGUGCUAUACGAACCUAUACAAUUGAAGCUAUGAUGGGUGAUAGAAAAGCUCUACAAGCUGGAACUAGCCAUAACCUUGGCCAAAAUUUUUCUCGUGCAUUUGGAACACAGUUCACUGAUGAAAAUGGACAAAGACAACAUGUUUGGCAAACUUCAUGGGCUGUCAGUACCCGGUUUGUUGGUGGUAUCAUCAUGACUCAUGGAGAUGAUGCCGGUCUAAUGCUUCCUCCCAGAAUUGCGCCAAUACAAGUGAUUGUAGUGCCGAUCUGGAAGACAGCCGAUGAGAAAAAUGGAGUCAUGAAUGCCGUGUCAUCUCUCAAGGAAGUACUGCAUAAAGCAGAAAUCAGAGUUAAAAUAGAUGACACUGAACAAAGGACUCCAGGAUGGAAGUUCAACUUCUGGGAGAUGAAGGGUGUCCCCUUAAGAAUAGAAGUUGGACCUCGUGAUGUUGCUAACAAAAGCGUGGUGGUAUCUCGGAGAGAUAUACCUGGGAAGCCAGGUAAAGAUUUUGGGAUAUCUAUGGAACCUUCAGUUUUGGUAACCCAUAUAAAGAGCAGGUUGGAGGAGAUCCAGACAUCUCUUCUACAAAGGGCUACAUCAUUUCGUGAUAGUAACAUUGUGGAUGUGAACUCGUACGAUGAGUUGAAGGAAGCAAUUGCUCAAGGUAAAUGGGCAAGGGGUCCUUGGUCAGCUAGUGAUGCCGAGGAGGUAAAAGUGAAAGAAGAGACAGGUGCAACAAUAAGAUGCUUUCCAUUUGAGCAGCCUCAAGGGCAGAAGAAGUGCUUCAUGACUGGUAAUCCAGCUGAUGAAGUUGCUAUUUUUGCAAAAUCUUAUUAAAUUCUUGGUGCCAAUCUUAAGAUUCGUGAUUCAAGUUACCAAUAGAGCAUUUUCCUUACUCUCAUGUAGUCACUUCACAAUAUUUUUUGCUAUGGGGGAGUGUACUAUUCAUGUAUCAUGUUAGCAUCUACACCAUGAAGCUUCUAACAUAAAUAUUUCUGCCUAUUAACACUUUGAUCAACUUUGUUUUUGUAUUCAUCAGUUUGCUUUGGUGGCUAUGAGUAUGAAUGUUUUUGAUCUUCUA